UCUGUACUGGCAAGUCGGUCGCGUGGAUUUUUGCGCAAGUUUUUAGAAAAACACUGACUCGAGUAGAGCAUUUCUCCGGAAAGUUUCAAGUGCAGCAAAAUAGCGAACAUGCAAAACUGGCCAAGGGGAGACCUCUAGUGGUUAAACGCUUCUUUAAGUUCGGAAGGCCGAGAGCAAAGUUUGGCCUUUGCUUGUAGCUACGUAGUCCGUUCAGACGUGGAAGUAAUUAGACGACCUGAGCGAGCAGCCAGAUGUGUGUGAAUGGAUGCCGAUCAGAAAUACAAGGAGAAGUCUUGGGGGUGGACAGCAAUCCCAAAGACCACCAGACAGUUAUUUCUUCACUGCCACUAGGUUCCAAAAUAAAUCAUGACUGAAUCUGCCUCUAGCACAAGUGGUCAAGAAUUUGAUGUAUUCAGUGUUAUGGACUGGAAAGAUGGAGUAGGCACGCUACCAGGAAGUGACUUAAAGUUUCGGGUAAACGAGUUUGGAGCCCUGGAAGUUAUCACAGAUGAGAGCGAGAUGGAAAAUGUUAAAAAAGCAACAGCUACCACAACUUGGAUGGUACCAACUGCUCAGGAAGCCCCGACCUCUCCCCCGAGCUCCAGGCCCGUAUUUCCACCUGCCUACUGGACAUCUCCACCUGGAUGUCCCACAGUCUUUUCAGAGAAGACUGGGAUGCCUUUCAGGUUGAAGGAUCCAGUGAAAGUAGAAGGGCUUCAAUUCUGUGAGAACUGUUGUCAGUAUGGCAACGUAGAUGAGUGUCUUUCUGGAGGAAACUAUUGCAGCCAGAAUUGUGCCCGGCAUAUCAAAGACAAAGAUCAGAAGGAAGAAAGGGACGUAGGAGAGGACAAUGAGGAAGAAGAUCCUAAGUGUAGUCGGAAGAAGAAACCAAAAUUAUCUCUGAAAGCUGACUCCAAGGAGGAUGGAGAAGAUCGGGAUGAUGAAAUGGAAAACAAACAAGAUGGAAGAAUCCUGAGGGGUUCGCAGAGAGCCCGAAGGAAAAGGCGAGGUGAUUCGACUGUAAUAAAGCAGGGCUUGCCUCCUAAGGGAAAGAAAGCCUGGUGCUGGGCGUCCUACCUGGAAGAGGAAAAAGCUGUGGCAGUGCCAGCCAAGCUGUUCAAGGAGUAUCAAUCCUUUCCAUAUAACAAAAAUGGGUUUAAAGUUGGCAUGAAAUUAGAAGGUGUGGACCCCGAGCAUCAGUCCGUGUACUGUGUCCUCACUGUGGCUGAGGUGUGUGGAUAUCGGAUAAAACUGCACUUUGAUGGAUAUUCUGAUUGCUAUGACUUCUGGGUAAACGCGGAUGCUCUCGAUAUUCACCCGGUUGGGUGGUGUGAGAAAACUGGCCACAAACUCCAUCCUCCAAAAGGUUAUAAAGAAGAAGAAUUUAAUUGGCAGACCUAUCUAAAGACAUGCAAAGCCCAAGCUGCUCCCAAGUCAUUAUUUGAAAAUCAGAAUAUAACAGUGAUCCCAUCAGGCUUUCGAGUUGGAAUGAAGCUUGAAGCCGUAGACAAAAAGAAUCCUGCGUUCAUCUGUGUUGCUACGGUGACAGAUAUGGUGGACAAUCGUUUCCUGGUACAUUUUGACAACUGGGAUGAGAGCUAUGACUAUUGGUGUGAAGCAUCGAGCCCACACAUUCAUCCAGUCGGGUGGUGUAAAGAACAUAGAAGGACACUCAUUACUCCUCCAGGUUAUCCAAAUGUGAAACAUUUUUCUUGGGAUAAAUACUUAGAAGAAACCAAUUCUUUACCUGCCCCUGCAAGAGCUUUCAAAGUGAAACCUCCACAUGGAUUCCAGAAAAAAAUGAAGCUUGAAGUCAUAGACAAGAGAAAUCCUAUGUUUAUUAGAGUAGCAACAGUUGCAGACACGGAUGAUCACCGAAUAAAAGUUCACUUUGACGGCUGGAACAGCUGCUAUGAUUACUGGGUAGAUGCGGAUUGCCCUGAUAUUCACCCUGUGGGCUGGUGUUCAAAAACCGGGCAUCCUCUUCAGCCUCCUUUGAGCUCCUUAGAAUUAAUGGAAGCUUCAGAACAUGGCGGAUGUUCAACCCCAGGAUGUAAAGGGAUUGGUCAUUUUAAGAGAGUGAGACACCUGGGCCCUCACAGUGCUGCCAACUGUCCCUAUUCAGAAAUCAAUUUGAAUAAAGACCGAAUUUUCCCAGACCGCUUAAGUGGUGAGAUGCCUCCGGCUAGUCCAUCAUUUCCAAGAAAUAAAAGGGCAGACACAAAUGAAAUCUCUUCAUCUCCUGAAAUCAGAGACCAGCAUCCUGAUGAUGUCAAAGAAGACUUUGAAGAGAGAACAGAAAGUGAAAUGAGGACAUCACAUGAAGCCAGAGCAGGUGCCCGGGAAGAACCUAGCCUACAACAAGCACAGCGCCGGUCGGCUGUCUUUCUGUCCUUUAAAUCACCAAUUCCAUGUCUGCCCUUGCGCUGGGAGCAGCAGAGCAAACUUCUCCCCACCGUAGCUGGAAUUCCUGCCAGUAAAGUUUCCAAAUGGAGCACAGAUGAGGUGUCAGAAUUCAUACAAAGCUUACCUGGCUGUGAAGAACACGGAAAGGUAUUUAAAGAUGAACAAAUUGAUGGAGAAGCCUUUCUGCUCAUGACCCAAACAGACAUUGUUAAAAUUAUGAGCAUUAAGUUGGGACCUGCUCUCAAAAUUUUCAAUUCUAUCCUGAUGUUCAAAGCUGCAGAGAAGAACUCUCACAAUGAACUUUGAAGAUGGUGAAUUUUGAAUACCAUCAGCUUUCUGCUUUAAAGCUCAUGUUUUAUUCAAAGCACAAGGACAGUUCUAACUCCUAAGCGAGAAGUCUCCCAAACUCAAAAGAGCAACGCUAUCAGAUUAUUUAUAUUCCUCAAGAGACAAUAUAUAUGAAUCCUUAUGAAAGUGCUUCAGCUUUUAACCAGGUACUGUCUAAGAGCACUCAUCCUUUGGUUCUGUUCACUGAGCUAAAUUUAUCUUUGUAAAUCUUUUUGAGGCUGGGGGAGGGGUGGGAGGGAAAGGGAACUUCAUUAAUUAUUUAUGGUAAAGGGGGGGUCGGGAUAAGAACUUUUGGCAUUUUGUAAACAUUGUUGAGUCCUCUUUCAUGUACACGGUUUCUUUUUCAGUACUUUCAGAAACCUUUUUAUAUAAUCCAACUUCAACUUAAACCAAAUUAGUCAAGACCUGGCCAAGUUUAGCCAGUGGGACUGUUACCUGUAUUGUUAAUUCUGUGCCAUAUUUUGAACUGCAACAUUAUGCUAAGUAUAACUUUGCAAGUCAUGAUAUUGCCUAACUGCUUGUCAUAAUCUGUUGGGGCUGAAUAGAUGUAAAAAAUUACUUUUCUCUAAAUCAGUGUUUUUACUUUUGCACGCAUUAUGAAAUGUUAAAUUACUUUUCACCAGCAUCAUUACUAUAAUUACCAAAAACGUGUAUAUAAAUAAUGGAAUUGAAAAAUAAAAUAUAUCAAUAAAUUAGGUGAUGUAUUUGAAUGGCA